AUGUCCGCAUACGACGACGGUCAACUCGUCCGCGACACCUCUUCGAAGAUCCCUCUUCUCUUGGGGAACGCCAACUACAUUCAAUGGUCGUCUAGUGUCUCUUCGCUGCUCCUCCGAAAACAGGCUCUCUUCUGCUUGAAGUCCGAGCCCCUCGAGGACCCUUCCUUCCACUUCGACUCAAUGGAUCCCUCAGAUCCCUCCACCAUCCCUACACCUCUCACUCCCACAGAGCAGGCUCGCUUGGCAAAGCAGAACGAAGGGUUGGGUAUUCUCUUGCAGUCUCUCUCCGAGGCUGUUAAGAACGCGGUUUCGGCCGAAGCUCAAGACGUCUUCCGUCCCAAUCCAAAGCUGCUCUGGGAUGAGCUUUUCACCCUCUACUUCCAAACGACUGGGCAUCAAAUUAGUCAGCUUUACUCUACGCUCUGGUCGACCCGAGUUCCUUCCGGGGCAGACCCUCUCCCCUACCUGGGCGCACAGAGGGCCACCAUGGCACAGCUGCGACAGUCCCAAAAGGUUGAAGAUCAACAAGUGGCCUACGCCAUGCUUCAUGCGCUGUCCGAUGAAGAGUAUUGA